AGAAUACUGAUAACGUGUCCCAACAAACUUAGUGAUAUUAUUAGUGGCAUAUAUGUUAAAAAUAGAACAAAUUGUUCAUUUUUCAUACUGUUAAGGCAUUAUAAUAUCCAUGUACAGUGCUAAAAUUCAAAUGGUUAAAAAGAUAUAUUCGGAUAUAACUGAGUGUCAAGUACUUCUAGAAAGGUGUGUUUGCAGCCAUUUUGAAAAUAUAUAUUCAUCUGUAAUCAUUCAUAAAAUGCCUAAAAGCUGUUCGUAACUAAGGUUAAGUCGCUGAAAAUGGACGAAGAACCUCAAGUGUUUUCUUCAAAUAUAACACGAAGUUCAAAGCCGUUGAAAAAUGAUCUCACUGAUCUCUUAAAAGUCGCUCCCGCACAUCCUGUUUUGCAAAAAAAAAACGAGAAAAGGAAUACUUGCGAUUUUAUACCGAAAACUGGUAAAACUUAUGAACCAAAGAGAAAAUCAAAAUUUAAGGUUAGUACUGUGCGAGACGUUAGACACUUGUUUGAAAAGGAUGUCUACUCUACCUUACUGGUUGAUUUGGAGAAACAGCAAAAUGUUUUACUGCGAAAAAUUAAAGCUGGUUCCGCCAGGGAUGAGAAUACAAAAACGAUUACUAGAAAUAUCUUAAAAUGCGAUAAACCGGUGUCAAGAUCUGCGUGGCAAAUGUUAACAAAUUUAAACCCGGAAGAAUAUUCACACCCUACACAGUUUGUUUUGUGGAACGGUAAACGCCUUCGGGUCAACGGAAGCAGGGGCGGAUCGUGUAAGUUCUUGUGUAAAUACGAUCUAGCAAUGAGACAAUUCCCGAAAAAAUCAAAAUCGUUAUUAACACGUAGAACUGUGCUAAAGAGAAAAGGUUUACUGCAAAACUCUUUGAGUGUAAAUUUUAAACCCGGACCACUCAGAAAAAAGAUUUUUCUUGAUCAUUCAUAUCAAAAAUAUCAUGUUGGCGGGAUAGAGUUACAGAAUUUACCAAAACCUGUUCUUGAGAUUAAUCCAACUUUGGGAAAAACUAUAGAUCCAACCAUAUCCCAUUUUCUCCAAAACAUGCGAGAGAAAGAUGGAACAAUAACUGAGAAAUGGGCUGAGUUUUCAGUUUCCGUUUUGGCUACGGUAAAAAAUGAAAGUGUAACUCAAAUCGAAAGCGAAUGUUGUGUAACAUUCGAUGUCAAUUAUAAAUGCGACCAACAACGAAUAUUAAUGCGUCGUGAUAUAAAUAGCGAGUUUAAGCCGACACCGCUCGCUAAAAUUAUAGACGAUAGUCAUUGUUACACACAUCAGGAUUCAGUGGAAACAUCUGAAAUUCAAAGUAUACUUGACAAAAUUAUAGAUUCUGUAGAAAUCAGCUUAGCUCAAGACAAUAUGUACACCGGUGAAGAUGAACCCCGAGAUGUAAAAACGGAAGAAACUACAAACGUCACAACUAUUCAAACUAAAGAAACCCGACUGAAACGCAAAUGUGGCGAACUAGAAAGAUUGGAUGUGACCAUUAUAAGAUUAACAGAAAAUGUUGAUAGGAUAUCUCAUACGUGCCCAAAAGCAUGCUGUAGUAUGGGUUGUGUUUGCUCAUCAUUGGAUUGUGGCUACAAUUUUAAAACACAUUGUGGCCGAAUAGAAUGUAUGUUUGAAUGUAAAUGUGAUUUCUCGAAGUACAAAGUAGUUGAUUCAUUUGAACGCGAUUGUUCUAAUUUAUUGCCUGGUUUGCUCAAAUUAGACAGUGAAAUGAGUUCAAAAAUGGCUAAAGAGGAACAAAAAUUCCAUCACACUGUAAUUGUUACACCUGAAAACAGUAUGUUGUUAAAAUGUAAACGCAGAGAUUGGAAAUCUUCAAGAAAAUACGCGGAGUUUUUUAGUAACAUGUCUCUAAAAAAUGACUACAAACCCGAAAAAGUUGCAGAACUUGUAAUCGAAAAACUUAAUUUGCCAAAUGUGGAACCAUGGUGUAUGGUUCAUGGUUUAUAUAAAUGUUUCUGUAAAUGUAUAUUUACUGAUGUUUCACUCCCCGAAGUAAAAACCGACGAUGUUAAAGAAAUUAAUGGUGUUACACAACAAAAUGAUAGCAUAGAUCUAACUGAUAAUGUGGAAAAUCCUAAUAUAAGAGGCAUUAGGUCGCGUAUGCCUUCUAAUGGAAAUAUAUAUGACAAAAAUCCUGUGAAAGACAAAACAAUGGAAAGCCCGCCAAUAGAUUGCGCUCAUCUAGUUAUGCAUGAUUAUUAUUCUAGAAGCGCAAGAGUAAAAUCCUAUAAAGGGCGAAAAUUCUCAGAUGGAUAUUAUUUUAAUGCAAACAGAAAGAUCUCGGACAUGGAACAGCACGAUAAAUCACUACGCAAAAGAUUGGAAUACCUUUAUCAUGCUAGUACAAGUAACCAAGGGCAGUUCAAUUCGAGUAAGGUUGUGGCAUCCGUACCAACUUCUAUGCCAGCAAAAUUAGCACCUACUGGAUCCCUUCCCCCCACCCAACCUCCAUUGCCACCACUAACAUCAGCUCCGACUAUUAAACCAGCCAAAACAACUGAAAAAGCCCCAAAUACAAAAAUAAACUUGUAUACCAACCGAUUGCCAGACAAGAAAAAAUUAGUUGCAUGGUUAGAAGUGAGUUACAAACAGUAUAAACAACGCAUCAAUAGCGGAAUUGUGAAAAUUUCGCUUGAACCACCACAUCUUGGAAAAAUGGCUCUCUAUCCAUGGGAGUUCAUUUUAGGCAGAUACCGAGAUAGAAAAAAUGUGUUUUUAAUUACAAAUAAACAGCCCCAUCGCCUAUUCAUGGCAGUGGAUCCACAAAAUCCAUUCUUCAGGCAUUGCACAAAUAUAAAUGAUAUCCGCUUGGCCGAUUUACCCAAAUAUCCAGUGAUUGUAAAAAAUUUGCUUGCGAAUGCAGAUGAUCUAAAAUACAACUUUUGUAUAUUAUGGGGUUUAUCACAUUGUUGGGAAUUAAUUGGCUCUGUCACUAAAGUGUGUAAUCCGGAAGAAGUCAAUGAAAAUAUCCAAGUGAGUGACGAAACUGACGAGGAAGUAAAAAAUAACACUCCCGAAGUGUUGAGUGAUUCUGUCCGCGAUGAUUCGGAAGAUUCUAACGCUACGAUUACAUCACUCGGCCGAUAUCGUGAAGAAGAAAAUAUGAGUUCAGAUAAAACAAUUGACGAAGAUCAUGAUACGUCAUCAGAAGAUUCUUCUAGGUGGUUUGUGAUGACUGUAGAAAAUGACUUUGAGGAGAUUCAAUUUUACAAUAAAGGAUUUUUUGUGAAAUUGGAAAGUAUAAUUAAGGCAAUUGAUGUAGCGCGUGGUUCAAAGAAAACAGUAAGGUUAUCUUCUCAAAAAUGUGCGGACAACAGCCCUGGCCCGCAAUUUGGCAUUUAUGCUAUACCAAACGAAAAUGAGCCUUGCGUAUUUGUUGGCCCGUACGAAAAAGGCGAACCACUUGGUAUAGAGACUGUAAAAAAUAUGUCCGAUAUUCGUAAACAAAGGAGAACUAAAGGUGUAUGGAUUACAACGAAAAAACUCGAGAACUUUAACGUUAUUGACGAUCCUUUGUCAUUCAUGCCACCAAGAAAUGGCUCCGACACUGAAAUGAUGACGCUUGCUGGAGAUUUUGCGAAUACUGAUCAAGGUACUGAUAGUUUCGUGGCAAUGUUAAAAGGCGAUAAUAAACUCACAGGCCAAAAUGCAGAAAAACAAGGUUCGGAUGGAAGUCAUCUUUCAAAAAUCUUAAAACCAAUUAAAAUUUGCAAGACUAACAGUUUUUAUCAACUUGCGCCAAACGGAACUUUAAAACAAAUAUCUCCGCAGCACAUUAAUGAACAAAGUCAAGUAUGUAUUCCUACUACGGUUCAACCAAGGGUGUUCAGCGCUCAAGUAUGUGCUCCUACUGCUAUUCGACCUAAGGUGAUCAAUGCGUCCCUUUUAAAACGGUCUGACUCUAUCCACGCUCCUUUAUUAAAGACUUCUUCAAUAGUAAAGAGUAUACCCAAACCUACUAUAUGUCACAUCAAAAGAAAAAUAGUUACAAUUCACAAAAAACCGGUCGCUGAAAUUGCGCCUCAAGUGAAACAAUCCAAUAGUCCAAAGAUAACAGUAGCACCAAGCUCAAAAGACGAGUUUUCUAAAAAAGAAAAGGGCAUGUUUAUUCUCAAACCUGAAGAAAUUAAUAAGAGACUGAUGCAGAGUCAGGUGGCUACAAAUUUAGAGCAUUUAAAUGCACACCAAUCUGGAUCUGAUACUGGGACGGACGCCGAAUUGGAAAUGGAUAUAGAAAAUUUUCUAGCGACUGCAGAUGAAUGUGAAGCUCCAAAUGAUGAUGUUUUAAUUAUUUCUGACGAUGAAAUGGAUGGUCGUGGAGGACAGCCACUUUGGAAAGACGUAUGGAUCGAAUGUAAAUCUAUUGAAGGCUUAGGUUGGAUACGUGGAAGAAAAAAUGAUCAAGGCUCCGUGAGUUUUGAGUUUCCUGGAUUCAACUACACAGAAUUCUACAAGCAAGAGCAAGCAUUCACUAAGCUCACUCAAGUUUUAUCAAGAAAAAUCUACAUACCUAAAUCUAUACAUUUUGAAUGGCAUAUAGUAGAAACAGAAAAGGACCUAAGUGCCAAGCAUAUGCUAACACAAGAGGAAUUGGGUCCUAAUUAUGUUAUGACUAAACGCGGCAUACAACACAAACAAGAACUGUUAAUUAGUAAGCUAUUAAAGAAAGAAUUUGCAGACGAAAGCGGAGACAGUAACCCCAGAACUGAGAACAGCGACGCUCAUGAUGCCGAGGAAUGGCCCAUGGACAUCGCAAGCCUAGAAGCAGAGAGCCAACAAUUAGAAGAGGAAGGCGAAGAAUUAUUGAAGACGUUCAAAAGCAGCGCCAGCCACGCCGACAUCGGCCAAGGACUGAAGGACCUGGACAGCAUGCGCGAAAAGAUCGCUGCGAGACUUCAGAGCAUGGUGGCUGACACUUAGGAAGAAAAUGGACGACAGCGCGCGACCGCUUCUCUGUACAAACGUACUCAUCAUUUUCCUCUCUGAACAUUGACAUAAAAAAAAAACAUAAUUUAAUUUAAUAUACAUCAAAUUAUCAAGAAAUAUUUUCCAUAUUGUCAAUAUCCAGAUAGGAUUUUUUUUAAUUACAUUUGUAUAAAGAAGCAGUCGUCCGCUAUCCUCUUAAUGUUGCAUGUUUCUCUCGUCGGUCAUAUUAUUUUAAAGCUGGAGAACCCAACUCAGAUUUUGAAGACUGCGCUUAAAAUAUGUCCGUGUCAUGUCCAUUUGAAAGCGCGGUACGGAUUUUCUCUUCAUAAAAUCCAAGUCUCUCAAGCUUAAUAACUGGAGUACAAAAACAGAAUCGAUUAAUAGUGGCGAGGAUCCCUAAUACUUGUGUUUAUCUACAUUUAGCGUUAGUCGUAGAGUAUUUUCUUAUCGCGCAACAUUUUGCGCAACGGUGGUGCUCAAAGCCAUUAGGGUGGUAUUCCAUCUGGCCAAUAUCUUGGUCCAAUGUGUAUUUACGUCAAGAUAUUGGGUAGAUGGAAUACCACCCUUAGGUAUCUAUGUCGCUGAUUGAACCUAAAUGUUUUUCUACCGAAUUUUGUGGAGCAUCACCUCGAUUUUGAUGAUAACUGCUCUGCCAAACGACACACGAGUUUAUGGCUGAUAUAAUGUGGUUUCGGCAGAUAUAUAAAGGUGAUUCAGCUCGAAAGUAAUAUCCUAUAAUUUCUUGUCCUGUUAGUUUUUAUCAAAUAAUUUAUAUAGUACCUAGAAACAGAACCUAAAACUUAUGAAUACCUAUGCAACAUUAGGCUUACAGACUCAAUUCUGAGAAUUAUUUAGACUUCGGUAUGUUUCUGACAGGGUGUCUUCGGUUCUUAUCGUCAUUUCCGAAGGUUUUCCUGUCAUAUGUUUAUGUUGCGCUGAUAGUAUAUCUAUGUUGUAAAUAAAUAUCUAUACUUGAAUGAAAACGAAAGUUUGUUAAGGCGCGGUCAUUUAUGCAAAUCUAAAGAAGUUGAUUUUGAUUGAAGUGGAUCGAUAUAAAGUUGAAUUUUUAGACUGCCAGCAAAUGUUAACAAAUGUUUGUGUUAAGAUAACCUAUAUGAAAAGAAUUUGAGUUCUUUUAGACUGAGUAGUCGUUUCAUUACGUAGCUGGAUUUUGAGUUGGAGUGUAAACAAAUCUGUGAUAUUAAUCUGUAACUACCAACAAUUGGACGUUAUUUAGGAGAAAUGUUAUCUCACAAACAUCCUAUGUAUAUAUAAUAAUAAUACAUCCCCUUAUUCAUAAAACUUUACAAGCCUAAAUUAGUACAUACAUUUUCAUAACGAAGCUUCUGUGAGACACAGACAUAAAGUAAAUGUAUUUAAAAAUACCUAUAUAAGACAAAACGAGAGAUCAAGAAAAAUAAUUAAGUACUAACUGAGGCUUGUUGCGCGUUUACGUACUUUUAACGCCAAAAGUGAUUACAAUUUUAAGAUUCUGUCAAAAAGAAAGUCAUCCAUGUCGUUUCGCUAAACCACGUCUAAUUACAUAUUAUAUACAUAUGUGUACUUUACAUACCUAAUAGAUAUAUAACUAGUAAAGUAAUGGUAAAUAAGCAACUGUAAGAUUUUCAGGUAAUAUAUAAAUACACCGGGGGUUCCCAACCUUCUUUGCGUCGUACGAAAACAAGUCGGUUUUUUAAAUUUUGUGGAGCUCAAAUACUUACUAAAAAGUCACGGUAUCUCUUUAUUGGAAAAGCUUCCCCCGUUCACAUUGCCCUCCAGCUGAGCCCUCCCGGCUCCAAUAGUUGGGAACUCCUGACGUAAAGUGAUACGCGGAAUAGUUGAAUAAUUUUAGUAUCUUGUCUUUCUAACCUGUAGCAAAGAGAGUUGAAAGAAAUACUGUAGGUAGCCGUGUGUGUGGUCAAUAUUCGGCUAGAUGCUAAAAUGUUCAGCUAGUAAGUAAUACGUCUUAGGUACAGUCGGCAAAACUUACUAUCUCUGCAAACAACGUGUGCUGAGAUGAUAAGCGAACAGUUUUGCCGAUUGCACCAGCAGGGUGGGGCUGUUGUCUGAAAUUCAAACAGCUUGUAUUAUCUACAAGAACUAGUCGAUUAAAAAAAAAAAAACCUAUAGUUUCCUUAAUGUUUGGAAUUGUUUUUAAAUACUUAAGUUAUAUUUAAUGGGCGCCGCAUGGACGUAAAAGUUUGCUUUUCUUAGAGUCCUCGGCAAGCUCCGCCGAAUUUCACCUUUUCAUACAAAAGGAGUGUUGUUCUCAUUUUAAAACUACGUGAUGGAUUCCAGUGUUGGCCGAAACGUUAAUGCAAUUAAAAAUUAUUCGCCAUUAACCAUUAUAAAUUGAACCGUAAACUGUAACCGUCCGUUACGGUUACGGUUCAAUUUGUAAUGGUUAGUUGCAAUUACCGUUCGGCCAACACUGUAUUGAAACUUUGCACCUAUAUUGACAUGAGGUAUAUCCAGUUCUGUAAUUAGUUUAUAUAGCUCCAGUUUAUAAAACAAAUGAAAUAGAGUAAAAACAGGUUUUGUACGAAAAAUUUAAAUUCGCUACUUAAUUUUUUUAACCAUGGUAUCUGAAGCUACGUAUAAACUAAUUACAGCCCUAGAUAUACCUUAUCCUAUUGUAACUACAAAAACAAAGCUUCAGCAUUUAACUAGCUGCUAGCUAGUUGUUUUAAAAUGAGACCGUAACUAUGGUUGUGUGGGGAGCUUGCUGGGGACCCUUAAGAGGAAAGGGGACGAUCGAUUCUCUAUACAAACGUAAUCCUCAUUUUCCUCCCUGAAAUAAUAUAAAAAUAUUUUUACAGAUUUUAAGUAUUAUAGUCAUAGGUAGGUAUAUUUUUCUUCAUUUUCUUUAUUAUUAUAAAAGGAGCGAAAAACAGGUUUCAUAUAUAUUUUUAAAUGCUCCUAUCUCUUAUAAUAUUGAAAUAAUCGAAAAAAAAAAUGGAACGGUCGGGCAUAGCUAAAAACACAAAGGAUUGUGUUAAAAUAUUUUCAAAAAUGUUAAUAACCAAAGAGGAAAAUGGGGACUACGUUUGUAUGGAAAGGCGGUUUUGGUGCGGUCGUCCCCUUUCGUCUUAAUCUCCGCCUAUAUAUAAGCUUCUUGGUGCAAAAUAUUAAAGCCGCAUUUAUAACAGCUGGCACUGAGCAUAUAGCUCCGUGCAACGCCAUCUACUUAGGUACUAUAGCUAUCAAAACUGCGGCUUUAAUAUUUUGCACCACUUUAAUUUACUUUGUCUAUGGCUAUGCCAAGAGCAGACAACAGGCUUCCCCCUAAAGUUGAGUGAAUGGAUCCCUGUGCAUGGCGUCGAUUGAGUUAUUUUAAAUGUACAUACAUUUCAGACUGAUCUUAGAAGGUUUGAACACUAAGUUCAGACCAUUACCUUGUCAGAUAAGGGUUAAUUAAACUACAUUCAUGAAAA